AUUUCAGACUUCAACCGCAGUGGUGAUUGUUUUUAAUUUGUUGGCUGUCUGGAGUGUUAUUUUAAGAAAGCAGAAGCACCGUCAUUUGCACAGUCCUCAUAGAUCACACACCUUAACUCUGACUCUUUAGCUCCAGUUUUUCAAAAGAAGUGAAGUCAAGAUGAAGAACUCUUUGCUCUUUUGGGGAGUCCUGGUCAUUUUUGUUGAGGCUGUUUUUGUGACAGCCCAAGAUGAAGAAGAAAGUACCGUCCUUGUUGAUAACAAAUGUAAGUGUGUCCGGAUUACUUCCAGGAUCAUCCGCUCUGCCGAAGACCCUAGUCAAGACAUUGUGGAGAGAAACAUCAGAAUUAUUGUUCCUCUGAACAACAGGGAGAAUAUCUCUGAUCCUACCUCACCACUGAGAACCAAUUUUGUGUACCAUUUGUCUGACCUCUGUAAGAAAUGUGAUCUUACAGAAGUGGAGCUGGAUAAUCAAAUCGUUACUGCCACCCAGAGCAAUUUAUGUGAUGACGACAUUGAGACCUGCUAUGCUUAUGACAGAAACAAGUGCUACACAAACACGGUCCCAUUUACCUAUGAUGGACAGACCAAAAUGGUGCAAACAGCCUUGACCCCGGAGUCCUGCUAUCCUGACUAAUUUAAUCCUUGCAGGCUGCACAACUCCUUAUCUUGAAAGGCUCUCCAUUUCCAUUCAGGUAGUUAAUCAGUUUACUACCAAUGAAUUUGAAACUAUGAUUUUUUUUUUUUAGGGGGAUAAUGUAAAACUCAUUCCUUCUCUCUGCCCAAUGAUUGAAAUAAUAACAUUGUUAUUUUAAAGGUAAAUUACUACAUUUAAAAAAACAGGCAAAGGGAGAAAAUAAAACUCAGAGUAAUUUUUCCUUUCUUUUUUUUUUUUUGGCUUUGCCCUGGAGAGCCUGAGCUUUUGCAUAUUCCAUAUUAAUCUCUUUUAAAAAGUAUCACUGUGUAGAGAAAAUUUAUAUGUAAAUAUAAGUCAAUAUAUUUGUCUUCAUUAGAAGAAGAAUAAUUGGAAAACAUGUUUUAGAAAGAUUCAUAAAAUUAUUUAAAAUGGGAUCUCUAAUAUUUAUGAAGCCAAUUAUCCAAAAGUGACAUAAUUAAAUGUAUAUUUGAAGGAUAUAUUUUGCCAUAACAUAUUUCGGAGAAAAUGAUACAGAUUUUUUUAAAACAAUUUUUAUUUGAUAAUCAGGAUAGUGUAAGAAAUCCCCAUUGGAAAUCAUCUCUGUUGUAACUUACUCUAACAAAUUAUGUAUACCAAAAUAUGUGUUCUCUAGCACAGUUUGAACAAUUAAAUAGAUUCAUGAGCAUA